AGUAAUACUACACAGAGUACGUCCCAUUUUAAGAUGGCGGCGCCCAUGUGCAGGGAACUGGGACGACUGCAGCUAUUACUUCAACGCAUCAAUACUUUGCAACUGUAUUCUCCAAGCCGCUGUAUUCAGACAACGUCAGUCUGCCUUAAGAACCGAGCUGCCCGUGUGAAAGUUGGGAAAGGUGACAAACCAGUGACGUAUGAAGAGGCACAUCCUCCUCACUACAUAGCACAUAGAAAGGGGUGGUUGUCCCAACACACAAGUAAUUUGGAUCAAGAAGGAGGGGCUGCCGGGCGCACCAUUGAGGAUGUUUUUAUUCGAAAGUUUAUUUUUGGUACUUUCCAUGGCUGCCUUGCCAAUGAGAUAGUGAUAAAACGACGAGCCAACCUCGUCAUAAUCUGUGCUAUUUUCAUCCGUAAAAUCCCACCACAGAAGUUCUAUUUUCUAAUUGGAUACACUGAAACUCUGCUCUCAUAUUUCUAUAAAUGCCCUGUCAAAAUGGAGGUGCAGACUGUUGAUGAGAAAGUGAUUUAUAAGUACAUUUAGAUCAAGAGCAUUGAGUAACGGGUCUUUCUCUUAAAGUGAAAGUAAACCAUAUCAGUACAAAUUGCUGAAGGCUACAUUAAAGGUAAAACUGAAGCUAUACA